AUGAUGUAGAAUAUAAUUAUCGAGCUUAACAAAAUGACAGAAAGGUUUAAAAAAAGAAAAUAAUUAGAAAUCUGUAUAAGAGCAAAUGUGGAGAGAUAGCUAGUCAAUAUAAUUUAAAUAUAUUUAAAUAGGUAUUCAUAGCCUGUGAACUCUAUCUACGUUAUCAUAACAGAAACUAGUACGAGCUAGCCUAGUAAAAUAAGAUAAGCCAAGUAAGCAUCGAGAGGAAUAACUUCAAUGAAAAUCAUAUUUCUACCAAACAGCAUAAAUGAGUCUAAAAUAAUCUAAGGAAAAAGAGCUGAUAUAAUAUAUCUAAUGUAUGUUCUUUCUAAAUUAUAAUUUUACUCUUUUUGGUAAAACAAGAAUCCAAUUUAAAACAUAUCUGCUAAAAUCAUUUUCAACUAUUCUUUCUUAUGCAUCAAUCCCUACAUGCUCACUCCAACGAAUUUAUCCAAAAUGAAAUGA